AGCAAAGUUGUCUUCCUUGAAUUGAUUGACGCUAGAUGUCGCUAUUAUUAGUGGGACGGGCACAAGCUGUUGUGCCGAACACAAUGUGCUUUCAAGCUGCAUGCAGUUGGGUUAACAUAUCGUAACAUCAGAUCAAAACAGUUGUACACCUAUUCAAGAGCGGAGGGAAGAGCUACACUAUGGGUCGUUCGAGGAGCCGUUCACGUAGUCGUGACAGACGACAGAGCUACAGUCGGAGUUAUAGUCGCAGCCCCAGCCCCGAUGACGGAGCACGAAUACAUGUAGCCGACCUCGGCAUUGAUCCUUCCAAGAAUGAAAUUGUUAGAUCUUUUGAGAAGUAUGGACGGAUUGUCGACAUGUGGUUGGCUCGCAACCCGCCUUGCUUUGCGUUUAUAGUGUACAGGUACAGAGACCAGGCUGAGAAGGCCAUUAAAGAGAUGGACGGGAAGGCUCUGUGUGGAGGAAGGGUCCGAGUGUCAAUGGCACGUCCGAGGACACGAGGAAGGAGGCGGCGAGGAUUUGACCCCAACUUGAGGUGCUACCAGUGUGGAGAGAAGGGCCACUUCUCUCGAGACUGUGGGGAAGUUUGGCGCAACCGCAGACGUGAUCGCAGCAGGAGUAGGUCAAGGUCAAGGUCACGUUCCCGAUCCCGCGGUAGACGUGAUCAUCGACGCAGUCGUCGAUCCUACAGCCGCAGUGAAAGCCGUUCCAAGAGUCGCAGUCGGAGUAACUCAAGAUCAAAAUCUUCAAAGAAGAAGAGCUCCUCGGACAGUAAACGCAAUCGCAAACACUCUCGAUCAUCUCCAUCAGCACGCUCAAAGUCCCCGAAAAAAUCAAAAUCCAAAACUGGAAAAGGUGAUAGAAAAAGCUCAAAGGACCACCUUUCUGAUAACGAAGAUCGCAAAACCGAGAAGAAGGAAAGGAAGGCUAGAGACAAUGGUGACACAAAAGAGAAAUCAAAAUCGCCUCUUAAAAAGCCUGUUUCACGAGAAAUAUCACCAGUGAAAAAAACGAAUGGAGAAGUGAAUUCGAAAGAAGAUAAAAGGGAGGCAACUCCUCCCACUAGAUUUUCCGAUCCUAUUGAGGGUCGAUGGGUGGAUACAAGUCCUCUGGCUAAGGAGAAUAUAGAAGGCCGAUGGGCUGACAAUUCCCCUAUUGAAACCAGACAAGUUGAAGAUGGACUGGCCGACUCUCCACCACAGAAAUGCCCUAACCCUAUUGAGGGUCGAUGGGCUGACACCCCUUCACCUUCAGAAGACAACAGAAUGGACCAGGGUGGAGGGAUCAGUCCUAAUGGACGUGAGUGAGCGUUGGAAGAAAGAAUGUGAGUGGGCAUAAUAGUGACAAAUGGUUCCUAUUUUAUACUAAUGAUAUCAUUCCAUUUUGAAAGAGAUUCAAAAAUAUAGUUUUAUCAUAUACCCCAGACAGUUGCUUAAUGAUUUUACAGAUGCCACAUUAAAAGAACGAGGUAUGGGUUACACAAAAGUUGGUGGAUUCAUAUCCAAGGUAUGGUGCUCAAAGUCAUAUGAUCCCAUACAUUUAAUGGGUUCAAAUCCUUGCUUGCCUCUGAUUAUAUUACUGGGGUUUUAACACUGUACCCACAGUCAUGGGUUUGAUAGUGGUAAGUUUCGAAGACCUGACCUAAGCUAGCAUGCCAUGGUGUAACUGGAAAAUCUAUCCAUAGCAACAUUAAAACCCAAAUCAACUCACCAUACAUUUGCAGUACAUUUUAGUCUAUGAACAAUCAAUAGCUAAGAUUCCCUGACUAAACGUAUCUAACAAGAGUCAGUUGUCUGAAUUAAGCUGCUGAUGUCUACAAUGUGUUGAAAUGAUUGUGUGAUUCAUGCGCUUUUCAAUGGAUUGGAGUCCAUCUUUUAACAGAUACUUUGUUAUUGUCAUACUGAAGUUGGAUCUGUAAUUUAUACAGUAUUUUAUCUAAUACAAAACCAGAAUGCAUUGUUUUCUCGAGAAGGGAUGUUGGACAUAUUGAGGAUGUGUUCUCUAUCAACAUUACGCAUACAGUAUUUAGUGAAAGAAAUGCCUCAAGACAAUUGUAAACUGUAAAUCAACCAAUUAUUUUCUGAAACAAGCAGUUUCUUAGACAAUUAACUUAACACAUGUAUUGUUUUGAUCACAUCAUUAAAUGUUGCUUUUUUU